CUGGUCGUAGUACGAGAGUAUAGAAAACGUAGCCAAUGGGAGCAUUAAAAAAGGAGAGCUACUGGCCGCCACCUCAGUCCCUCUUUGUUUAUUCGAGCGGACAUUCUUUGUCUCGAGAAUCACCACACUUUGUCUACUUCCACCUCUGCUUCCACCAUGGUAGCAAGCAUUGUUUUCGGGACACGCAGUCAUUGUGUCUCGUCGAACGAGACGCGUGCCACGUAUUUUUCUCUACGAUCUAUAGUCUUUUAUUGCGUAUGUAUAUCGUUGACUAUUAAUAACAACAACAGCAACCACUUCCUCAGUUUAUACAAUAUAAUAUAUAUAAUUACUAUGUUUGACCGCUGCACGAAGUGUGGGAAUCUGUUGAAUACCAGUGGCAAUCUCGUGAUACAUCGAGUUGGUGUUGCUUCAAGUGGCAUGGGCAUCACGUUAUUAGGCUAUUCGUUGGUCGGCUCUAUACCGGCACUUAUUGGUUUUAAACUGAGCGGCAUCGCAGCCGCCUCUAUAGCCGCAUCGUGGCAAUCGUCCAUCGGAUCUGUUGCAGCGGGCUCGACGUUUGCUACGUUACAAUCGAUGGGUGCCACGGGAGCGGCAUCGUCCCUGUUUAGUUCGUUCGGGAUAGUGACCUCGGGCACAGGAGCAUUUUAUUUGCUGAGUAACGCUGCCUCGAAGCUCGGUUGGUGCAAAUGCUAGAAACCGCUUGUUGACAAAUAAAAUGUUACGUCAUUAUAAUCUGAAA